UAUUGAUUCCAUUAGUCCCUUAAAUGACAUCGAUUGACUGGGCUACUGUCUAUGAAUGUGUAAAUAUCAUCUUUACAAAUGCAGUUGCGCAUUCGAGCUGAGAUACCGGUAAUGUGAACGUACACCACAGACGAAACAAAAUGGCGUCCUUAUCGAAUGUAUUACCAGCCCCAUCUCAACGUAUAUAUGAUAGAGAUGAUGAAGACCGACAGUACAGGUCACAAAUGCAGGUUACCCCUGUCACAAGCAAGAGGGCUGCCCCACCAUAUGGACACAGGAAGGGAUGGAUACCAAGAUCACAGGAGGAUUUUGGCGAUGGUGGUGCCUUCCCAGAAAUUCAUGUUGCUCAGUAUCCACUUGGGAUGGGUUUGAAAGAAACCACAUCCAAUUCUUUGGCUGUGUCACUUGAUCAGCAUGGAAAGAUCAAGUAUGACGCCAUUGCCAGACAGGGACAUGGCAAAGAUAAGGUGAUCCACUCCCGUCCUGGUGACUUGGUGCCAAAGAUGAUAGAUGAGGAUGACCCUGAUCUGCAGCGUCCAGAUGAAGAGGCAAUUGAGGACACAACAGAGAAGACCAGGCAGGCUUUGUCCAAGCUGGUCUCCAGCAAGAUUUCGGCAGCCAUGCCAGUCCGGCAUGCAGAGAAACAAGCACCUGCUCAGUAUAUCAGGUACACUCCAUCUCAACAGGGUGUGGCCUUUAACUCGGGGGCCAAGCAGAGGAUCAUCAGAAUGGUGGAGGUGCAGAAAGACCCCAUGGAACCACCACGAUUUAAAGUGAACAAGAAGAUCCCCAGGGGUCCUCCAUCACCGCCAGCACCCGUGAUGCACUCCCCUAACAGAAAGGUUACAGUAAAAGAGCAACAAGAGUGGAAGAUUCCUCCCUGCAUCUCAAACUGGAAAAACAACAGAGGAUACACUAUACCUCUUGACAAACGUCUGGCUGCUGAUGGCCGUGGUUUGCAGGGAGUCCACAUCAAUGAGAACUUUGCCAAGUUAGCUGAAGCCUUGUAUAUUGCUGAUAGAAAAGCUAGAGAGGCAGUGGAGAUGAGAGCGCAGAUCGAGAAGAAGAUGGCUCAGAAGGAGAAGGAGAAGAAGGAAGAGAGUCUCAGGAUGCUGGCCCAGAGGGCGAGGGAGGAGCGUGCAGGGAUAAGGAGAGCUGAUGAACGUGAUGAAGAGGAGGUUGAGAGAAAUGAACUAAGACGAGACAGACAAAAGGAGAGGCAGAGAGACAGGAAUCUAGCCAGGGCAGCCCCAGAUAAGAGAUCUCGCAUUCAGAAGGAGCGUGAACGUGACAUCAGUGAGAAGAUUGCCCUGGGAUUGCCCAAUGCUGGAGGUUCUCAAGAAACACAGUUUGAUCAAAGACUCUUCAACACAAACAAGGGUAUGGACAGUGGUUUUGGUGAUGAUGAGGCAUACAACGUCUAUGACAAGCCUUGGCGUGAGGAGAACAGCAUAGGCAACCAGAUCUACCGUCCAUCCAACAGGAAGGACAAGGAUCUAUAUGGAGAGGACUUUGACACCCUCAUGAAACAGAAGAGGUUCGUCCCAGACAGGGAGUUCGAGGGCACUGACAGAAGUCGGCGCCGUGAUGGGCCAGUGCAGUUCGAACAGGAUGUGGAGGAGGAUUUGUUUGGUCUGGAUAAAUUCUUCACAGAGGCUAAGCGGGGUCAGAAGCGUGCUGGAGAUGACUCUAGGUCUAGCAGGGACUAUGAAUCUAGCAAGAGCAAACAAAAGCGGAGAGAAUAAGCAUUAAUAAGCAAGAGGGAAUGAGAUCAAGACUUACUUCCACAAGUCACAUAGCAGAUGUGAUCAGCAUGUAUGUUCCGGUUUUCAACAUGGAUGCACUGGGAUAAAUCACACAUUCUCAUUUGAGUUGAUAGGAAUGACUUCAGGUCUUCUGUCAGGGAGUUGAGUCUUAUAACUGCAUUUUCAUACUAGUACAGAAGAGUGCAUGUCUAAUGUCUGAAUGGAAGAAGGAAGAGACAAGUUAUCAUUCAGCAAAUUGAGAUACAUAUUAACUGUUAGCUCAACAGGGCAGAGAUUUUAACUCGAGCAUCUGAGGAAACAAAAACUUACCAAAUGAUGCUUUACAACAUAAUUGAAUGUUUCUUUUGGCAUACGUAUUUCCUUUUCAAACAAUGGGGUAUUGUCACAUAGAUUUUGAAACAAUGAGCCAAGUGAAAAGAAUAAUAUUGGAUCACAUGUGCCUUUGUGUUCCUUAGCUUGCUACAUGUGAAAUAACUUUCAGGGUCAAGAAAAAAUCCAGAUUGAAUAAGAACAUAUGUACAUACAUACCUACCUUAUCCAAAACACCUCGACUUUGCAAUCAUGUCAUAUUGAAGCAUGUGCAGUGUACGUGAAAUGAAAAUUUUCAGAUUGUCAAAUCAGAAUUGUUUUAACACUGUAUGCAUGGAGAUGUCAUGUGUUAUUCAUGUAAAUAGGAUAUCUCUCAGUAGUGUUUUGUGUAUGUGGUUUUACCUGCAGAAUACAUUUGGUGAUAAUGACUGAUUUUACUUGUAAGGGUAUGAUCAAUAACUGAGUACAUGCAGCUCAGUUAUUUAAAUGAAAGAAUGGCGGCACAUCAUGGCUUCCAAGAAGCUAGUUUCCAUAACUAUGUUAAUUCUCAUUAAAUUGUAUCCUAUGAAAAUGAUAUUGUGAAUAAACAACAAGUGAAUGUACAA